GGUUGUUUUUUUUUUUGUCAGCUGUUUGUUUCCUUACAUAAAGUUGUGAAGAAGAAUGUUAAGAUUUAGUUUUAUCUCAAAGAAUUUGCGGUUUUACUCAAUUAAACAUGCAACUAAAGGCCCUGUUAAGUACACAUCAACAAUUAAUUUGCCAAAAACACGUUUUCCCGCUCGCCUUUCGGCUGCCAAGAGAUUGGAACUGGAGCGUAGUUUGGUUGAGACAACAUUUGCCAAUGCCUAUAUGUAUCAGCAAGAACAUAAUAAAGAUCCACAAUAUAUUUUGCAUGAUGGGCCGCCGUACGCGAAUGGCGAUUUACACAUAGGUCAUGCAGUUAAUAAGAUUCUCAAGGAUAUAACAAUAAGGAAUCAGAUAGCACAUGGACGGAAAGUUCAUUUUAUGCCAGGAUGGGAUUGCCAUGGCCUACCAAUUGAGCUGAAGGCCUUAGCUUCGACCGGCAAAAAAACUGGUGUGGAAGACCCUAUAACAGUGAGAAAGAAAUCAAGACGAUUUGCUUUAGAGGCAAUAGAAAGGCAAAAAUCCGAGUUUCGGUCGUGGGGAAUCCUUUCUAACUGGGACGAAAAGGGAGGACUGUACUUUACAUUCAAUCCCGAUUUUAUAUGCAAUCAGCUGAAACUUUUUUAUAAUAUGUAUGCAAAGGGCCUUGUUUAUCGUGACUUAAAGCCAGUCUACUGGUCCCCCUCCUCAAGGACAGCGCUAGCUGAAGCGGAAUUGGAAUACGAUAAUAAUUUUGUAAGUCCCUCAGUUUAUACAAGAUUCGCUAUAGACACUUUGCCAUCCUCCUUUAAAUGUGAAAAUGGCCAAAAAUUGUUUGCCAUAAUUUGGACCACAACGCCAUGGACACUACCCAGCAAUCAAGCCAUUUGUUUCAAUUCCAAUUUGGAAUAUUCCAUUGUUCAAUUGAAUGCGUCAUAUGGAAAAGACUUGUACCUUAUUGCGACAAAACUGAUAGACGAAUUUGUGAAGACUACAGGAAUAGAUUGUGAAGUUAAAAACAACAUAGCUGGAGCUGAUUUAAUUGGAUGCACUUACCGUCAUUCGCUAUAUCCAGAUGCACCUUCCUUGCCCUUUUUUGAUGCCACGCAUGUACAAGACACAAAGGGCACUGGAUUGGUGCAUACUGCACCAGCACAUGGACCAGAUGAUUUUUUGAUAUGCUUGGCAAAAAAUAUUCCGAUUAAAUCUUUGAUUGACGAAGAUGGGGUUUAUAAUUUGGAUGCACCAAAUUUUCUUCGGGGAAAAAACGUUUUAAAGGAAGGCAACAAAAUCGUUAUGGAACACUUAAAAGACGAUAUAAUUUAUGCUGACGUAUUUACGCACAGCUAUCCUUUGGAUUGGCGUACUAAGGAACCGAUUAUUUUACGAGCCAGUGAACAAUGGUUUAUAAACACAUCUCUGCUUAAAGAGAAAGCUGUCGACGAGAUAUCUAAUGUCAAAAUAUAUCCUAGAGUCAACGCUGAGGCCAGUAGAAAUACACUUAGGACCCAAGUAAUGAAACGUCCGUAUUGGUGCAUAUCUCGGCAAAGAGCUUGGGGAGUGCCAAUACCGGUGUUUUAUAAUAGCACAUCGAAGGAAGUGAUAUGCAAUGAGGCCAUAUUGUCACAUAUUUGUGAUCUUGUCACCGCAGAAGGUGGCAUUGAUUUCUGGUGGUCCAAAUCUGUUGACGAGUUGCUGCCCAAAUCCCUGCUAACAAAUUUAAAUGUGGACACCAAAAAUAUUGUAAAAGGUUUAGAUAUUUUCGAUAUAUGGUUCGAUUCUGGUAGCACUUGGUCUCAUGCGCUAAAGGACCAACAAAUUGCAGAUUUAUAUUUGGAAGGUUAUGAUCAAUUUACCGGUUGGUUUCAAUCAUCACUUCUAACAAGUGUGGCUGCCAGAGAAUCGGCCCCUUACAAGUCAAUCUUCGUACAUGGGUUUACGGUGGAUGAAAAUGGUCACAAAAUGUCAAAAUCGUUGGGCAAUGUUAUAUCCCCAAAUGAUAUAACGAAAAAGUUUGGCGUUGACACCUUAAGAUGGUGGGUAGCGUCACAUGGUACCCAACAUAUGGCAAUCACUGUGAGCGAAAAGCUUCUGCAACAGGCAGCAGAUGGCAUUAGCAAAAUCCGCUUAACAUUGCGUUUCCUCAACGGCGUUAUUGGUACAAAGCGAGGUAAUGAUAGUCAAUCUAAGCAGCAUACAUCAAGGCUCACAUACUUGAAUCAAUAUUUAUUAAGUAAAUUGGUUGACUUCGACCAAAAAAUAAAUACAUUGUACGCUUCCCAUGAAUACAAUCGUGUAGUGGCAAAUAUACAAAAUUUUGUUGCAAACCAAAUGUCCUCAAUGUAUUUACAUUUAAUUAAGGACCGCUUGUAUUGUGGAUCUGAGGCAGAGAUUGAGAGCAUACGUUUUACAAUGGAAAAAUGUUAUAUUAUAUUGAACAAAGCUUUAUGGCCCAUUGUUCCAUUUUUGGUGGAGGAGAGUUGGAGUUAUUAUGAUCCGAAAUCGGCCUUUUAUCAACAAACCUUUGAACCUGAAAGUACUUGGAAAAAUGAUCAAAUUGAACUAAUUGUUGAGACUGCUUUGGAGGUGAAACGAUUGGCAAAUCAAAAGUCGAAUUUCUCAAAGAACUCUUGGUUAUUAGCUGCCAGUGUUAAGUGUAGCAAUGAUGGACAUUUCAAAAUGCUGCAACAUUUACAUCAGCCCCAUUCAAAUGACAACGAUGCUAAUUCUGAUUCCGAGUUAUGUGAAAUUUUGCAGGUACAAUCUGUAACUCUCAUCAAAUCAUGUGAUCCUUCUUCAGAAGUCGAUGUCGAUUUGACCGAAAUCGAAGGUACUCUCUGUCCACGUUGUAGACGCUAUGCUGUUAUAUCUGCAAAUGAAAUUUGCUCUAGGUGUUGUAAAGUUUUAGAAACACAAAAAUAAAUGGUUUGAGUAAAAGGAAAA